AUUGUAACAAUACUUUUUAUUGGUUUCUAUAUCUUUAAAUCCCCGCCCAACCUCCGUAGACACGUCAGCUUCCAGGAAUCGUGAUCAGCAGCAGCGUUUCCUCCAGAGGGGUUCUCAAAGUGAGGGACUGAGGACGGAGGGAGACCGAGGAGACACCCCUCCAGCCUGAGAACAGCGGCAGCUCCUCUCCUUCUCCACCCAGGACGGAGUGAGACCUCGGGACGGAUGAAGCUCCAGCUGCACGGACCGACAGGCCAGGCGAUCAAUCAUUAACUUACCGACCACAGCCAGAGAACUAGUCUAACUGACACACCACAGAGAACUAUCCUUCCAUUAACCCAUUUACCAGUGUACCUGAGACAGAUGAAUCAUGUUUCAUAGCUCAUCUGCCAGAGACAGACGAAUAACUUAUCUAAUUUAUCAAUAACUAACUUGUAGACAGCUACCUAACUUAUUAUGGACAUUUAACUUAUAAAUCACUGACCGAUCACGAACUCAUCACUGACUGAUAAAUGAUCUGUGACAGACAGACUAAGUUAGCAUUAAAUAAAGUACUGACAGAUAACAAACCUAUCUUUGACUUAUGUAUGAUAGGUAACCAAGUUAGCUGACAACUAAUGCAUCAUUAACUAACAUACCCCUCACAGAUAAACAAUCUUUAAUUAACUAACCUGUCUCUAAUAGAUAACUAACUCAUUAACUUAGAAAUCACUGACAGAUAACUAAAAUAUCACUAAACUAACCUAUCACCAACAGAUGAGUUAUCCGUCUUUUACUAACUUAUCAGUGACGGACAACUACCCAGUCAUUGAUGCCAGGUAGUUGACAUGUUUCUGCCAGAUAACCACCAGUCGUUGAUCCAUCACUGACUGCAAGCUAAACUACUGACAAAACGGAUAAACAACACUUACUGUUAACUAAUCCAUUACUGACAGACAGCAAACUGAUCGCUGACAGCUAACUACCCACUGUCUGGCCUCCAUCCAUCCGAAGGACUAUCCGGUUGCCAUGACGACUGCGCUGCAGCUUCCCGCGGAGCUGUGGCUGCAGGUCUUCAGCUUCCUGUCGUGGCGGGACAAGCUGAGCGUGCGCGGCACCUGCUCCCACUUCAGACACCUGAUGGAUAAGUCCCGCCCCCUCUGGAAGGGCUUCAGCGUGGUGCUCCGCCACCUGUCGCGGUACAACCGCUUGUUCUGGAGCAGCCUGGCUCAGAGGCACGUGGGCAGCGUGCUGCUGUACUCGGGUUGCCGGAAAGACUUGAAGCAGCUCUCCGCCUGGCUACCUGCCCUGGACGCGCUGCGAUUGGACGACUGGAGAGAAGUGGGCGUGGCUCAGCUCACACCCUUCCACAAGCUGCGGCGUCUGUCCUUGACUUCUUGCUCCGCCCCCUUGAAGAACCUGGAGUUCUUGGUUCCGCUGAGGGACCGGCUCACUGAGCUCCGCCUCUGUAACGUUGAGCUCACCUGCUCGGCGCCUCACCUGCUGGCCGCCAUCAGCCAGCUGACGCGCCUCACCUGUCUGCAGCUCCAUCACGACGGCAGCCUGAGGAUUCCCACGCUCAGCGGCGUCCUCACGCACCUGACGGAGCUGACGCACCUGUCCUGCACCAUGAUCACAUACAAAACGCUGUCACAUGACUUCUUCAGCCCCGCCCACCUCACAGGAGGUGGCGCUCUGCAGCUCACUGAGCUUCAGCUGCUUAACUAUGAUGCCAUGGUAACGGAGGAGGUCCUGCAGCCUUUGUCCCGCCUCCGCAGCCUGUCCAUCGUCCACCUGUACUCGGUCCCAGGUCCCACCUGUCACCUGCAGACGUGGCUGACGUCGCUGCCGCAGCUCUGCAGCCUGAGCGUGCACGGAGGCCAUCCUUUGUCGGCGUACGCGGACUUCCUGCCUCCGUCCCUCCUCAGCCUGAGUCUGUGUGUCGACCUGGAGCCUGAAGACCUGCAUGCGGUCUCGGCCCGAGCGCCUCACCUGCAGCACCUGCACCUGGAGCCGUGGAGCUCCUCCUCCGCCCUGGUCCGGCUCCUCCCCCGGCUGUUCCCUCACCUGCGGACGCUGCGGAUCAGACACCGCCACGUGUCGGACGAGGACUUCCUGCGCCUGCAGCAGCUGGAGCGCCUCCACACGCUGGAGAUCCUGGACUCGUACUACAAACCCGACCCCAGCGACCCGAGCUGGACCGUAUACGAGCCAAGCCCUCACCUCCUGCGGCUCGUCUCGGACCUGCAGAACCAGACCGGUCACCGCGUCCAAGUGAUCACCAGCUCAGUGAGAGACCCCAUCUCCUGCCACUGCAUCUGACCAACCAACAGCGGGGCCCUUCAGAAUGAAACACGUUUAAAUCUUCACAUUUUGUGCCAUAAACACCAAACAAACCUUAAUCAUUUUAUUCUCUCAGCAGCAGGUUAAUUCAGCCACAUGGUGGCAGUAUGGGGAGUAAAUAACUGAUUUCAGUCAAUUAGACAAAGAGCGAGUUAACCCAGGCGACCUGGGUCACAGGACCGGAGACCUGACCAGGUAUUUAGUCCUGAGGGUUUCAGGUGGAGCGCCUGGAGCAGGCAGGGCAGGAGGAGCUCAUGUCAGUGUCACUGGAAAACAGCACAACUGCUUUCCUAUAUCGUAUAGUAUAUAUCUUUAUAUGGUAUUUUUUAUCUGUAUUUACCUUUGGUGCUUUUGCAGUGUGAUGUGAAUAAAAACCGCUGUAAUAGCUGCAUGUUUUGUGUUCCCAUCACACCAUGCAGAUUGUUUUGGUUUGAAUGUGAGCGUAGCAUCAUUGAUGUUCUGCAAUGAUGCGGCUCUCACUUGGUGGAAAAGCAGACCGGCUUUCAGGAGGCCCGGGAUUUGAACGAAGUUGGCCUUGGCCCCGAUUCCACACGGGAGCCAGUUUCAUGGAACGGGGCAACUGAAGGACUGAGUCAGAAAUCUCAUGGAAACCACUUCCUGAUCCUGGUGCAUCAUCCCGAGUCCUCAGUGAUUCACCUGCACAAGAAAACCCACCGAGGACAGAUUCUGGAUUUUCAUUUUCAGCAGUAAAAAGAAAAAAAAAAAAUUCCAGAAAUACAGAAAAAACUUUAUUUUGAAAUUAAAACAGGUUUCCUGUUUACAUAUUUACAAAAAAACAAGCUAUAAAAAAAACAUUCCUUCUGCUGAGGCAGUCCAUUAUUUCAGUCCCAGAAUGCAUUGUUUUUCAACAGGUGUGAUGUGGGCGGAGUCCAGCGUAAUCCAUCAAUCAGAUGCCUCUUCCUCCUUUAUUUUCUUCUUCUUUUUCUUCUUUUUGGCACUU